AUGGCGCCUGAACUUCUAUGUUGGCUUUUUGGGGAGGUGGAUGGGGUGGAUGGUGACACGUUUGACUUUAUUAUUGUUGGAGGUGGUUCUGGAGGUAGCGUAGUGACCAAUCGCUUGUCUGAGGAAAAACAAUGGAACAUUCUACUUCUUGAAGCUGGACCAGACCCACCGUUGGAAUCAUAUGUACCAAACUUUGAUACUGACCUAUAUGGAAGUGAUUUUGAUUGGAAUUAUCUAACCAAAACUGAUAAUAGAACAGGACUAGGAAGACAAGCCAGUAUCACUGAUAUAACCGCUUUCUUUUCUAGAUACCCCAAUGCUUCGUAUCCUGAAUUUCAAAGCCAUUUCUUAUUGAUACCUAAAAACGCAACCUCUGGAUUGAAACGAUUUGGUUCACUUAAAACUAUUCAAAGUGGCCCGGGAACUACGGGUAUUGCCCCGCAAGUAUUCAACGCCGCGAUUAAUUUCUUCGCCGCUACACAAUGUCUUUCACAUGACAACUUUGUAUCUGAUGAAAUUAAAGAUGGUGACACGUUUGACUUUAUUAUUGUUGGAGGUGGUUCUGGAGGUAGCGUAGUUACCAAUCGCUUGUCUGAGGAAAAACAAUGGAAUAUUCUACUUCUUGAAGCUGGACCAGACCCACCAUUAGAAUCAUAUGUACCAAACUUUGAUACUGAACUAUAUGGAAGUGAUUUUGAUUGGAAUUAUCUAACCAAAACUGAUAAUAGAACAGGACUAGGAAGUAAGGAUGGAAGAAUUUCCUGGCCACGAGGAAAAAUGCUUGGUGGGUGUAGCUCUAACAAUGAAAUGGUCUACAUACGCGGACGAGCACCUGAUUACCAACAUUGGGUAGAUGCCGGUAACCCAAGUUGGACACCACAAAAUGUAUUCCAUUAUUUUAAUAAAGCAGAAAAUUUACAGUCCAAAAAAUUACUCGAGAACCCAUAUAUAAGUGGUUUAUAUGGUCAUCAUGGCCCUUUGAUAGUUGAUAACUACAAUAGCACAUACAGGGAAGAUACAGAACGAAUUCUGGAUUCUUGGAAACAUAUCGGAUUUGAUAUAGUUGAGGAUAUAAAUUCUGAAUACACUCUUGGAUUAGGUUCAUGCGGUAUCUAUCCUGUCACGGUAUCGAGUGGAAGAAGACAAAGCACAUAUGAAGCAUAUAUUAAACCUGCAAGGAGAAGAGAAAAUUUGAAAAUUGUGACUAGAGCGUAUGUUACUAAAGUUAUAGUAGAUGACAAUUUAGAAGCUAAAGGGGUUGAGGUUGAUAUUAAAGGCAAAAAAAUUACAGUAUUUGCAAGUAAAGAAGUGAUUGUAAGUUCUGGUGCUAUAAACACACCAAAAUUACUCAUGUUGUCGGGUAUAGGGCCAAAAAUGCAUUUGGAAUCCGUGGGAAUACCAUGCAAGGUGAACUUACCCGUUGGUGAACGUUUACAAGAUCAUUACAUGAUUCCAACAUUAAUCUACGGCGAUGAACCUGAAUCUCGAAGUACAGUAGAUUUACAUUUCGAUGAACUAAAGUAUCUUUAUGAUGGGUCUGGAUAUUUAGGACAAGCCAGUUUCUCUGAUAUAACCGCUUUUUUUUCUAGAUACCCCAAUGCUUCGUAUCCGGAAUUUCAAAGCCAUUUCGUAUUGAUACCUAAAAACUCAACCUCUGGAUUGCAACGAUUUGCUUCACUUAAAACGCCGAUCUUAGCGUCUUUUUUAGAAUUUGGCGCACGUAAAGCACUGUAUGUGUUCGCCUUGCAUUUAUUACAUCCAUUUUCAAAGGGAUCUGUUUAUUUGAAUUCAAGUGAUCCUUAUGAAGAUCCAAUUAUUGAGGCCAACUAUUUGGAUGAUCCACGAGAUAUUAAAGCCACUAUUGACGGCCUAAAAAUACUUACUAGUAUUGUAGACACACCGUAUUUCAGAUCGAUAAACGCAUUUAUUUUCAAAGUAAAUCUACCUGAAUGUGAUCAGUAUGAAUUUAAAAGCAAUGAAUACUGGUGGUGUUAUGCAAAAUAUUUAAUGAUGACCUUAUAUCACCCGGUUGGAACAGCGAAAAUGGGUCCAAGUGCAGAAGAUUCUGUCGUAGACAACUAUCUGAGGGUGCAUGGUGUACGUGGUUUAAGAGUAAUAGAUGCCAGCGUCAUGCCUAAUCUUACGAGUGGCAACACUAAUGGUCCGACCAUCAUGAUCGGUGAAAUGGGCGCGGAUAUGAUAAAAUCGGCCUAUUUUAAAAUUAAAUAA